ACGUGUUUUCUUAUAGAAUGUUGAAAACAUAGCCCGGUAGAUUCGAGUUGUGUCUGAGUGAAAAGCUGCAAUUUUGAGUAGAGUUUAUGAUUGCAGCGCUAUGAAAGGGAAAAAGUCUAAACGCAGCAAAGCAAGCAAUAGCGCAGACGAUACACCAAGCAGCAAUGAUGUGUCAGUUGCUGUGAACAUUUUACGCAAAAGGAUUUUCUGUGGGGAACCACCGGAAAAAAUCCAUGGUCUUGAUGAAAGUAAAAGUGAACUUUCAAAGCUGAUAAAUAGAUGUGCAGAGUAUGGAGAGAGUAACUCUGUUCUCAUUAUUGGACCAAGAGGAAGCGGCAAAUCGCUGCUUGUUAAAGAUGUUCUUAAGGAUUUGUCCAAGUCAAAAACUGCCAAAGAAAACAUGUUACAAGUUUACCUAAAUGGUCUUGUCCAAACUGAUGAUAGACUUGCCAUGUUAGAUAUAACAAGACAAUUGCAAUUAGAAAACACAGUUGGUGAAAGAGUGUUUGGAUCAUCUGCAGAAAAUUUGGCAUUUCUUUUAGAUUCACUGAAAUGUGGUGGCCAUGAUAGCCAGUCUAUUCUGUUUAUACUGGAUGAAUUUGAUCUGUUUGUCCAUCACAAAAACCAGACUCUACUCUACAACCUGUUUGAUGUCUCUCAGUCUGCACAAACACCAGUCUGUGUUGUUGGCUUGUCAUGCCGCCUGGAUGUUGUAGAGUUACUAGAAAAACGUGUCAAAUCAAGAUUUUCUCAUAGGCAAAUUCACCUAUUUAACUCAUUCUCAUUUGAGGAAUACUUAGGAAUCGUAAGGUCUAUCUUAACCUUACCAAGAUCAUCUGGAAACACAUCCUUUAUCCAGUGCUGGAAUGACUCUGUCAAGGUGCUUUUGGAGGACAGUAAGAGCAGAGACACACUAAGAAGACAGUUUCAUGUCAGCAAAGAUGUCCGUUCACUUCACCAACUACUGACCCAGCCUAUAUGUAACCUAUGCCCAGAUAAUCCGUUUAUAACACCUGAUGAUAUUGUGGCUUCACAUGCAGAACUUAACAUGGACAGUAAAGGAGCAAUUCUGCAUGGUUUGUCUGUUCUCGAGAUUUGCUUGAUUGUUGCCAUGAAGCACUUGCUCACAACAUUUAACGGAGAGCCCUUCAAUUUUGAGAUGGUAUAUAAAGAAUAUAAAAAGUUUACACAGAGGCCAGGCCACACAGCUCAAUCUUUUGAGAAAGCAGUAGUUUUAAAGGCUUUUGAGCAUCUACUGGCUUUAGAACUGGUGAAGCCGGUUGAAGGCUCGUCCAAGCUUGUGCAGAAGGAGUACCGACUUAUGACUCUGUUAGUGGAUACUUCACAAGUUAUAGAAGCCAUUAAUAAAUACCCUGAAUGUCCGACCGAAGUAAAGCAUUGGGCAACAAGCAACUUGGAAUAGAACUAAUUUUCAGUUGACCUUGGGUGUGCAGUAGAAACAGGCGUUGACAUCAUUGUACACAAUGUUGGGAAGGGCUUGGAAGUAGUUCCCAAACAUUCGUUUUGUCUUAUCCUCGACCGAGUGAGGCGACGCCAGCUUAGAUAUUCUAGGGAAGGAAAUGACCGCUUUUUGGCGGUCGAUGGGGUUGCGGGCGCUUUCUGCGCCAAACCCUGGCUACGCUCAUGUAGAAACCAUGCACGAGCUGAUGACUACACGGACUACAGCUGCAAAAGAAAAGCUUCACUGAACACAGGACAUGAUUAAAUCCUCCUGCCGUGUCAAACUGUGAUUCUAGUAUGUUUAUUGGUUAAUUUUCUUAAAACCGCGUCUUGGUGGUUGCUACAGUAACACGCGUCGAACGAAUGUGAAAGAAUGUGAAAGACAGCAAUAAAGUGAUGCUUUCAUAAAUAUGCCUCGAUCCAAAUCAUUCGUCUUCGUAAUGUGCCUACACAUCAUAUCAGAGAAUUUUCUUGAAUCUAUGUGAAAUGAUGGCCACAAGCUUCGUAAAAUAAAAAAAAUACACAUCGUUCGA